AUGACUUCCAUACUCCUCCCCUAUCUAUUCUAUGUGAUGUUGCCGAUAGUGAUCGGUCUGGAACUUCGCACGCUGAAGGACUUCAACGGAAAACGGCGAAUUAAAAAACACCCGUUGGAGUUCCGUCUGGCAAAAUCUGCGGAGGAAAAACAGACACCCAAGGAAUACAAAGAUUCUAAAGUCUUCGUAGCGAUAGAAAACCGCUUUCUGUCCCGAAAGGUCAUCGCUGGAUCUGUGGAAUUCGGAGUUGUUCAAACUGAUUAUCAUGGUGACUGGGUAUACAUCAAUAAGGUCUCCGCCCGGGGAGAGUACAAAAAGGUUCUAUUAGAGACCGAGAUUCUCGAUCGACUCAUUCAAUACAUCCAUAAGGCAGACCCCGGGGCUGUCGCUGUUUGGGCGCGACUUCCGGGCCCAAUUGACGCCUCUGAGAAAAAUGUUUAUCUCGAGGCAGGCUUCGAGGACAGAGGUGUGGUCGACUCUGCUCAUAACCUCGUCUACGUCUUACCACGACCGACCGCAGAAGUUCUACCCAUUAUAGCCGACGGACGACUCGAGUACUUGCUCAACAACUUGUUGAAUGCUGGUGUUGCCAAUAAGGGCUCUUCCAACAGGCAGAAGCGUUCGUGA